UGGUCGCCCUCUUUGUCUUGGGCUUACCUGUUGGACGUACGGCUCGUCCCUUCCGUGUUAAAUUAGUCACAUUAUCCACUUCCGGUGCCGGGAACAGGUCAAAAAUCCAUGAUAACAACAAACGUAGUUUCUGAAAUGCAAAUGAAUCACCUUACUUUGUCACCAACUUCCAUAGCACCGGCAUUGUCUUUCUGUGUGCAAUACGAGCGCAGCUUGUGAUGUUCAAGCGAGCAUAUAAAAGACACGAUAGCCAUUACGACAGGAAUCAGUUGUAAACGGAAGCAGGAGAGAAACCCCCAAGACAUCUGAGUUGGUGAACAUGGUUCAACACUUGAAAAUAGCUGUAGGCCUGACUGUGGUCGCUGCCUAUAUCCUGCUGACACUUGCGGAUUCUCCGAAAUUUGAUUACCAAAAUAAUGAAGGGAAAGUGAGCAUGCGAUCCUUUCCCGUAACAGGAUUUCCUGGAUCCUAUCCCGGUUAUUACCCUGGAGGAUUUGGAGGAUACGGAGGAUAUGGAGGAUAUGGAGGAUUCCCUGGAGCUUACCCCGGGAGAUUCCCAGGAAUAUACCCUGGAUCUUAUGGGAACCCAUUUGGUUAUGGAUAUCCCUCAUUUGGGUUUCCUGGAAUGCCUGUUACGUUCUACAGCAAUAAAAAUGAUAAUAUUCCUGCAGGAAACAAUGCCGAUCCUGACGGGAAACAGUAAUGAAGAUUUAAGAAACGCUUACUACAAAAUCAACACUGCAUAAGAGCUCUCACAUGACACUGGCAUUUGCUGCAUUUUACAAGAAACUUACAAUUAAAACUUCAUGUAUUUUCGCUCCCAUCUUGCUUGUUCAUUUAGUUGAGUCAGACUGAUUAAUUUCAGGCACCAUAAACCCAUGUUAUUAUGUUAAAAGUUUCAAAAUAUUAUGAGAUGAAUAUGGACAAACACACGUACAGAUAUACUGCAGUUCAAACAUUGACAUGCAGGGUAAUUUUAGUUUUAAGCCGAGCUGCAGCAGCCUUUCAUAAAGCCGUCGUUUCGACUCAGAUGGCUAACACAUUAACUAGAAUUAGAAUAUCGUACCUCCAGUUAAUAUGUCAUGCUAGAUACAUAAGCUACUCUAAAACAAGUCUUCAGUUAUCGUUUUACAGUUUAGAAGCACAGAAUAAGCAUUGUUAAAGCUAAUUCUUGAUACAAAUGUGUUUAAAGAAUUCCAGCUCUGUAAAGUGAGCCACUCAUUUUUGCCUACUGAGCAAGUUACAGUUGACUUUUCAUCACCAUGGUAAUAAAUGUUGUAGGGCUUUAAGAUAACACUUUAUCGUAUGUAAGAGGCCGAGAUUUGACUAAUGCUCAGUUCUACAGCACAACUUUCUUUAAACAUAUUUUAUUACAGAUUCGAUGUUUCCUCUUGCUUAUACAAUAAGAGUCACCAUUAUAAGCCGCUUUUUCAACAGACUGUAGUUAAAAGAUUUUUAAUUUCGCAUAAAUAAAACUCGAAACGUCCUGUAAUAUGCUAAAUCAUCAACUGGGAGAAACGUCGGUUUUAACACCAGCAAAACUGAUACGAUUACUUAUGUGUUUGAUGUAAAAGUGUGAUCAAAUCAUCUAUGUUUUGUAACUUAUAUUCCUUACAUUAAUAAAAGAGUAUUGUAAUCUUGUA